UCCAUUCUACACCAGCAUAGCCUUGAGUUGAUCCUCCUUGAAACCCAAAACCCUACUCACUAGUCAUUGCCACUCCACUAAUUUCUAGAGAUCAGCUCAUAUCCACUGUACCAAACUAUGAUUUCCUUUGCUCCUCACUGCGGUUCCAUCAAACUCCCUGAACUACACACCUCUAAGAUUUUGAGCCGCUAUUGUUUGACUAGGAGAAAUGUGAAAGUAUUUGCGGUUGCUUCAAGUGUGAAUGAAGCGUCCACUUAUAUUCCGGCAGCUCCCAUCCUUAUUCCAGAAGGGCCAUGGAAGGAGAUUCCUGGGGGAGUUACUGCUGCGAUGGGAUUUAAAGCUACGGGUAUCUAUGGUGGAUUACGUGCCAAGGGAGAGAAACCUGAUCUUGCACUUGUCACCUGUGAUGUUGAUGCCACAGCUGCAGGGGCAUUCACUACAAACAUGGUUGCUGCAGCACCGGUCUUGUAUUGUAAAAAAACAUUAGGUAUUUCCAAAAUGGCACGAGCAGUAUUAAUAAAUGCCGGUCAAGCAAAUGCAGCUACAGGCGAUGCAGGUUACCAGGAUGUGCUAGAAUGUGCUGACACCCUGGCUACGAUGCUUAAAGUGAAGCAAGAGGAAGUGUUGAUUGAAUCCACAGGUGUGAUUGGUCAAAGAAUAAAAAAGGAAGCACUUCUAAAUGCACUUCCAGAAUUAGUUAAUUCUCUCACAUCAUCUACUGAAGGGGCACUUUCUGCAGCGGUGGCAAUUACAACAACUGACCUUGUGAGCAAGAGUGUAGCAAUUGAGUCCCAGGUUGGAGGGACAAACGUACGGGUUGGAGGAAUGGCCAAGGGUUCUGGGAUGAUCCACCCAAAUAUGGCCACCAUGCUUGGCGUAAUAACGACUGAUGCACUUGUCAAAAGUGAUGUUUGGAGAAAGAUGGUGCAAAUUGCUGUUAACCGGAGUUUCAACCAAAUAACUGUAGAUGGAGAUACUAGUACCAAUGAUACAGUCAUUGCUUUGGCUAGUGGUUUAUCGGGAUCAACCCUAAUAUCGUCUGUCAACUGCAAUGAGGCAAUGCAACUUCAAGCUUGCCUUGAUGCUGUAAUGCAAGGUCUUGCCAAGUCAAUAGCUUGGGAUGGAGAAGGAGCUACAUGCCUAAUUGAGGUCAUAGUGACGGGGGCUGAAAGUGAGGUGAAAGCAGCAAAGAUUGCACGUGCAGUGGCUUCUUCUUCACUUGUCAAGGCAGCGGUCUAUGGCAGAGAUCCAAACUGGGGACGUAUUGCUGCUGCUGCUGGCUAUGCUGGGAUUCCUUUCGAUCAGAACAACCUCCGCAUUAUGCUUGGGAAUAUUUUGCUGAUGGAUAAGGGGCAACCACUUGCAUUUGAUAGGGCUGCAGCUAGUAACUAUCUCAGGAAGGCUGGGGAGACCCAUGGUACAGUUGGAAUUUACAUUUCUGUGGGUGACGGAACAGGAAAUGGCCAGGCAUGGGGCUGUGACUUGAGUUAUGAUUAUGUCAAGAUAAAUGCAGAGUACACAACAUAGAGAAAUCCAAAAUCCUCUGUAUGCCACCUUAACAGUCUCCAAAUUUUAACUUAACCCCCAUCACAGGGCAUUUCAAAACAUUAGUGUUACAAACGAGUGUUCCUGAUUAUGACCAGGCCUAGCCAGGUUAGGCUGCCCACUUUUGUGUGCACGUAGGCUAAGCCUAGCCCCAUGUUACGACCCUCCCAUUCACUCGAAGCCUAAGCCUGGGGAAAUUUGAGAUGCAGAGUUGCUGUGAAAUCUGAGAUUUGGUAUUGGUUAUCUUUUUGCUGUGAUAUCAGGAAGAUCAUUCCCCUUCUUUUCCA